AUGUCUCGCCGCAAGCCAGACAUAGAGGCCACAGAGCCUGCAUCUUCUUCAAUCAGCAGUAAAUCCGAUUUCGGCACUGCGCAACACCAUGAACGCAGGGGUAGUCAUCCUCGGCAAGCCUCCGUCGCUGCAAAGCUCCGUAAUCCUUUGGCCGGCCUGAGUGAAGAACAAGUCAUUGCCGACGUCGACGCUUGGUGUGUAGAAAAGGGUCUACAAGAGCACCAGGACGCCUUUCGGAAAGGUGCACUGAUUGCCCGUGUGGGCCAGCGCGACGACGGCUUCGAAUAUGUCAGUCAACUAUCCACGGAAGAGAAGGAUCUGCUCAGGUAUGAAGUCAACCAUCGAUGGUCACAGCCCUUCAUGUUGUACUUUUUGGUCGUUCUCUGCGCUGGCUCUGCCAUUGUGCAAGGCAUGGACCAGACGGCAGUAAACGGUGCUCAGGAAUUCUAUUUCCAAGAAUUCAACAUUGGAGAAGACCAGGUAUGGCUUCGCGGCCUACUCAAUGGCGCACCAUACCUCUGUUCCUGUCUGAUCGGUUGCUGGUCGAAUGCACCACUCAACAAGUACUUUGGUCGUCGAGGCACCAUCUUCAUUUCGUGCAUCAUCUCAUUCAUUACUGGAAUAUGGAUGGCAGCCGCGGAUAGCUGGCCAAACCUCCUCGUUGCUCGAUUCAUGCUUGGCUUUGCGGUCGGUGCAAAGUCGUCGACGACACCCGUCUACGCGGCGGAAUCUGCACCGAAGACUAUUCGUGGAGCCCUGACAAUGAUGUGGCAGAUGUGGACGGCAUUUGGCAUCAUGCUUGGUUUUAUCGUGUCAGUCGCUUUUCAGAAUGUCACCAUUAUUGGAGGGCAGUACUCGCCGUGGAGAUGGAUGUUGGCCAGUACCAGUAUCCCUCCGAUGGUUGUUUGUGUCCAAGUCUAUUUCUGCCCGGAAUCGCCCCGCUGGUACAUGGAGAAAGGCAAGUUCGACAAAGCCUUCAAAGCUCUUUGCAGACUUCGCAGGCACAAGAUGCAAGCUGCACGCGACAUGUACUAUGCAUAUAAGCUCCUCGAAAUCGAGGCCGCAGAGCGCGAAGGCCGCAACGCUUGGAAGGAAUUCUUUACUGUCCGACGUAACCGCCGCGCUGCACAAAGCGCAUUCUUUGUGAUGUUUAUGCAACAGUUCUGUGGGGUCAAUGUGAUCGCCUACUACAGUACGGCCAUUUUCCGAGAAGCUGGCUUCACGCGGUCUGAAGCGUUGCUCACAUCCAUGGGUACUGGUAUUACAAACUUCCUCUUCGCGAUCCCCGCCAUCUACACGAUUGACACCUUCGGCCGUCGUAACCUACUACUUACUACUUUCCCGCUCAUGGGCCUUUGUUUGCUUUGGUGUGGGUUGUCCUUUUACCUGCCGAUGGACCCAGAGACAAAUCGACCAAGUCAGGAACGUCUUGCAUCGAUUGCCGCAGCUAUAUACACCUUCAUGGCCGUAUACUCGCCUGGCGAGGGCCCAGUGCCUUUUACGUACUCCGCCGAAGCAUUCCCCCUGCAUCUCCGCGACGUGGGUAUGUCUUUCGCGACCGCGACUUGCUGGGGCUUCAACUUCAUCCUUUCACUCACCUGGCCUGCCCUUAGUGCUGCGUUCACCCCCACUGGUGCUUUCUGCUGGUACGCUGGGUGGAACUUCUUUGGAUUCGUCUAUGCAUACUUUUUCCUGCCCGAAACCAAGGCCCUCACACUAGAAGAACUGGAUACUGUGUUUGACGUCGGAAACCGUCAGUUCUCGGCCUACUACAGGAAGAAGUUGCCAUGGUAUAUGCGAAAGCACAUUUUACGCCAGAAUGUGGAGCCUAUGGAGCCGCUUUUCGAACUCCAUGAGAAGAGUACAGGUAGGGACUAUGCGAAAGAGCCUUUCGGUGGUGGAGGCGAAGCAGGCGCAGUGGGGGGUACCGAGAUCGUUGAGAAGAGUGAGGUUAAUAAGAUGUGA